CAAUGGAACACGGAUCUGAAUCCAUGUUUGCACUGGGUGGAAUCGAUAAUGACGCAUGUGCCGCUUCUCAUACUUCUGCUUCCUACACCUCGGCCCAACGCCCUGUCCGCAUCCACAUUGUAGCAUCACCAGUGCCGCAAUGUCGGUGUCUGAAAAAAUCUUCACGCAAUCUCUUUCAGCCUCCUCCUUGUCGUUCUGCCCCCAUCGCACCAGAAUCUCCCAAAGGGAAUCCGCUGCAUCGGACUUGGGGGCCCACCGCCACAACUAGCCACACCUGCAUCCGCGGUGUCCGCAAGUCCGCCUAACGCAAUGACCGUCCAGUAGUCAAUUCGAAAUUAAUGAUACCGAAAAAUAAAAACACCCGCACGAGUUUACCACCGCGUCGUCCGCCGCAAAAUCCGUUGGCAUCUUCACUAGAGCCUUGAGAUGGGCGCAUACAAGGGGCAGGCGUUGUGGAGAGCACGGCGCAACUGUCACCGGUUCCGGAAUUGCGAGCAAAGACACAACGAGGCGUUUGCGUGAGGGUUCCAGACUCGGCCCUCUUUCCUAUUCUUCUUAUUGCGUCCGAGUCUGAAUCGGGAAGUCGGACUGACCGUUGAGAUUUCAUCACAUUGGGAUUCAUUAGUGUAAAUCGAUGGCCUAGCGCCGAUUACAUGCUCGUAUGCUUGAUACGUCGACUUACGAGCAUCCGUAGACAAUAUCGACACUGUUCUACUUU